GCAAUAGAAGUGGUUGAUUUGGACCAGAAGAUUAAAAUGGUUGAAGAGCUUGAUGAUCAUGUCAUGCGCUGUGUACGUGAUCAGAAUGGGAACCAUGUCAUCCAAAAGUGUAUCGAAUGUGUUCCUGAAGACCAUAUUCAAUUCAUUGUCUCAAUCUUUUUUGAUCAAGUUGUGACUCUUUCUACCCAUCCAUAUGGUUGCCGUGUGAUACAGGUUGGGAAAGGGUACAUCUAA